CACUAGCAAAAAGACCCUGAUGAAGCUCGGAAAUGUGGUUGUGGCCGCGCUGCUGUUUCUGGCGUGGCUGUUUGUGGUAAUCGGCAUGGGCACGCUCGGAUGGAUGACGUCGGACAAGAACGGCGCAAAGGUCGACGUCGGCCUCCUGCGGUACUGCGUCGAGGCGCCGGGCACGUCGACGUGUAACUCGCUGAGCAAGAUCGGCGAGAACUCGGCUGAUGCCAGCAGCUGCAAGAAGAUCAAGCACGGCGGUGGCUUUGCCUUCUCUUUCCUGCUCUUUGCCAUCUUCCCGGGACUCAUCGCCAUCGCCACCAACGCCAUCGCGGCUGUCGAGAUGGAGGUCGGUCCGCUGGACGCUGCUCUCCUGCCCAAGCUCAACUUUGCACUCUCGACCGCCUUUGCUGUCCUUACCUUUAUCGCGUGGAUCUUCUACUGCAUCAUCUCGUACUCGACCAAGUGCUACAAGGAUUCGUUCAAGGCCGGCUACUCGUUUGCCCUUGUUGUUGUCGGCUUCUUCCUCUUCCAGCUGCCUGCUGCUGGCCUCAACGCCUGCGAGUUCCUCGGCAUCGCUGUUCCUGGCCUUGUCGAGGGCGGCGGUGCAGGAGGUGCCCAGGCUGGUGGCGUCUAGAUUAUAGACACUGUGAGGCAGAGAUAAACACCAUGUUCACUGUCA